AUGCGCUUAGAAGGUUCUUCAAGCUCGCGAAGAUAUUGUAAAACUGAAAAAGACGAAGAUGAAGAACUUUUAAAGGAUGAAACUGAUGAAUCAAAUAAAAUCAUUUCUUUCGUUGAGUCUCCAAGUUACAUAAAAAAUGGUGUAAUGCGUGAUUAUCAAAUCCAAGGGCUUAAUUGGUUGAUUUCACUUUAUGAAAAUCAAUUAAAUGGCAUUUUGGCGGAUGAAAUGGGUCUUGGAAAAACUUUACAGACGAUAUCAUUUUUAGGUUAUUUGAAAUAUUUUCGUGAUGUAUCUGGCCCACAUUUAAUAAUUGCUCCAAAAUCCACUUUAAACAACUGGCAAAAAGAAUUCAAUGCCUGGAUACCUGAUUUCAAUGUUCUUGUCUUCCAUGGAAAUAAAGAUGAAAGAGCAAAAAUAAAAGCAGAAAAAUUAGUCCCGCUAGAUUUUCAAGUGUGCAUAACAUCUUAUGAAAUGUGUUUGAUUGAGAAAUCAGCUCUUAAAAAAUUUGAAUUCAAGUACAUAGUGAUUGAUGAAGCCCAACGUAUUAAAAAUGAAAAUUCAUUGCUCUCCAAAAUAGUUAGAAUAUUCCAAUCAAAAAAUCAAGAUUUUGAUUCUUGGUUUGAAUCUCAAGAUGGAGAUCAAGAUAAAGUUGUUCAACAACUACACAAGAUUUUACGACCUUUCUUACUACGUAGAAUAAAAUCAGAUGUUGAGAAGUCCUUACUUCCAAAAAAAGAAAUAAAUAUAUAUGUGGGUAUGUCAACAAUGCAAAAAAAAUUGUAUCAAUGCAUCUUGGAAAAAGACAUCGCUGCUGUUAAUGGUGCAUUGGGUAAAGGUGAAAGCAAAACACGUUUGUUGAACAUUGUGAUGCAACUUAGGAAAUGUUGUAAUCACCCAUAUUUAUUUGAUGGAGCUGAACCUGGACCUCCAUAUACAAAUGAUAUACAUAUCGUUGAGAAUUCAGGAAAAUUGGCUGUAUUGGAUAAGCUUCUCAAACGAUUAAAGGCUCAAGGUUCUCAUAAUUCAAUCGAAGAAAAAGUUCUUGAAAGAGCAGCACAAAAACUAAGAUUAGAUCAACUUGUUAUUCAACAAGGACGAGCAAAUCACGCACAAAAAAAUGCUACCAAGGAAGAACUUUUAUCAAUGAUCCAACAUGGUGCCGAGAAAAUUUUUAGUUCGGCUGAUAGCACUGUCGGUGACGAUGACAUUGAUAUUAUUUUGCGUAAAGGUGAAGAAAAAACAGCUGAACUUAAUCAGAAAUUUCAAAAUCUUGGAUUAGAUGAUUUGCAAAAGUUUACAUCUGAUUCAGGUUCAUCUUAUGAAUGGCAAGGAGAGAAUUGGGCAAAUAAGCGUAAAGGAGAAACUUCACGAAGUUUCAAUUGGAUAGAACCACCAAAACGCGAACGUAAAGCCAAUUAUGCAAUAGAUUCAUAUUAUAAAGAAGCUUUAAGGGUAAAUUCAAAACCUGCUCAACCAAAGGUUCCAAAAGUGUCAAGACAAAUUACUUUUUUAGAGUUUCAAUUUUAUCCUCCACAUUUAAUUGAAUUAUUGAAAAAAGAGAAUUAUCAUCAACAUAAAUUAGUAAGUUUCAAGAUCCCAUUAACAGAACCUUCAUCUCAAAAUGAUAAUCCUGAAUUAAGGGAAAAAGAACGUCUAGAAGAACAGAAUAAAAUUGAUAAUGCUGAACCUUUAACUGAAAUGGAAGAGGCUGAAAAAAAAUCAUUAAUGAAAAUAUCAUUUGAAGGUUGGAAUAAACGUGAUUUCAAUCUCUUUAUAUCUGCUUCAGCUAAAUAUGGGAGAACUGCUGUUGAAGAGAUAGCUAAAGAGGUGGAAAAAUCUUUAACUGAUGUUGAGAAAUAUGCUAAAGUGUUUUGGGAGCGAUAUAAAGAAUUACCUAACUAUGAAGAAUUGAUUGCAAAGAUUGAAAGAGGUGAACAAAAAAUACAACAAACUCAAGAGAUACAAGGACUGAUCAAAUCAAAAGUAGCGCAAUAUAAAUACCCUGGUUACGAUAUACAAUCAUCAAGUCAAAACAAAGGCAAGUCAUUAUUCACUGAUGAAGAAGAUCAAUAUUUGUUAAUAACACUAGCAAAACAUGAAUAUGGAACUGAAGAUGUUUAUGAGAAGAUACGAAAUGAAAUUGAGAAUGAUGAAUCUUUUCGAUUUAAUUGGUUUAUUAAAUCAAGAACUGCUAGUGAAUUAAAUAGACGCUGUACCGCACUUAUAAACAUGAUACAGAAAGAACAAAUUGAUGGUGAUGGCAGUAGUGGUAAUGAAGGGAGAAAUAAAAAUGAUUUAAAACGAAAAAAUGAUUCACCACAAACCAAUGGAAACAUAAAUAAUAAGCGUAGUAGACGUUCAUGA